AUGAAGCUGAAGCCGAACCAGACCAGGACAUACGAUGGCGAGGGCUUCAAGAAAAGAGCAGCAUGUCUGUGCUUCAAGAAUGAACGCGAGGAAGAGGUAAGAUCUUCGGUUAUCUUUAAGUCAACAAUGUGAAAUAUACCGUAGAGUUGUGUUUCCCUGUGGCCUAGUCACCCUAAUGUCAUUCAAGCAGCGUAGGGGUUAUUAUGGGUAAAUUUGACAUUAAUCUUUAUAAAUGAAAGGCAGUAUCAGCUGUGAUUUGCCCUUCACGGUGAAGCCAUUUUCACGCUUUUUCUGUCUGAACCACGUUUUGAUUUGUGUCACUGCUGCUGCUGCUGCUGCUGCUGCUGUUGAUGCGCUUUGGGCCAUCCAGUUCAGGCUAGUUUGAGGGGCACGUAGAGAAAAAGACAGAACCGCUCGUUGUCAAUGUAACUUCAAUCGACAACACGCAAUUAACGGCGACGAACUUCAAAGUAAAACUAAUCCGACUGAAAAUACAUUCGAAACUGGCUUUAUAAUAAAGCGAAACUCUUAUUUUGAAGAGAAAAGCUGUUGUCUUCCGGUUGGCUUCUUGCUAGCUUUAAGGUCGUUUACAGCGGGAUCGAGGUGCUUUCUUGCAUAUUUCUUUACAAAGCACCGUCAACGUUGAUGUUUUUGUCGUGUGAGAAGAGAUUAAUGAAACAAAUUUUAGAUACGAACACGUUUAAUAUAUUUUUGGAUGUAGCAUCCAUGACCAAGCAGUGACCAUUCAUGAUAAUACUGCAUCCCGCCGGCCUUGAGCGGGCAGCUGCGUAGCAAUGAAGUGGAUGAGGAUUUAAAGGGACAUUCUCCGACUUUAUAAUGAAUCUGCAGGGACCGUCUCUUAUUGUUGGUGCAUCUUAGACUUCUCUUUGUGGUAUUAAAUACAGUGGAUUAACUCAAAAUGGUCUCAAACCUACUGCAUCCUUCAGUGAUAGUCCCACCUCACACUUUUGAAUCCAGUUAGAUAAAUAGAAAAAUAAAAGUCAAGACAAAAUUGACCACAUUUAGAUGCACAUGCGAACACAAAAAUAAAUAAAUGCAUUAAAGAGGACCAGAUAUGUAUGACAAACCAGGCAGCUAUAAACUCAUGCAGUUCUCUUUACAUCAGUCCAGUUUCUGGACUGAGUUCAGUUUCUUGCUUCUACAAGAACAAAAUCUACACCUUUCCCCCAUACUUUCCAUCAAAACUUAAGGUAUAGUAGGUGUAGUUUAAUAUGUUGAACUGGCAGCCUAAGUCUCUAUCAUAUUUAAGACUUUAAACAGUGUCUGGGUUACUCCUGAGUCAGUGAUCCAUGUAUUUAUGUCUGAUAAGUUACUGGUUUCCUCCUGGGUCUAAUAAUAACCGUGCUUCUAUUUUGCUGCUCAGCCAUAUUUAUGCCCAAACAUCAGGUCCAUAUCUCUUUUAUUGUGUCAUUUUCUUGCAGGUCUAAAUUAAGCCUCCUCUUUGAGCUUGGCAUAAACAAACUGUUACACAAUAUACUGUAAAAGCAGCCCAGUCUGGUGUCUCCGUCUAGCACAGAGAGCUCUGCCCAAGCCCCUCGGUGUUUGGCUCUACAACACAUAGAUAUGAUGCUUUAAGCAAACAAAAAAAAAGUGUAUCCCUUCACUUAUACAUGAGCAAACGUUAUGUCAUCCCGGUGCUCUUGCGUAAUUUUCUCAGAACUUGUUGUACUCACUCUGUGAUUCUUUGCUUUUAACUUGUAGUCGCAGGAAAGGACAGUCAGAAUAUUGUCACAACAAAAGUGUGUAGGUGUGACUUCAACCUCAGGAUUUUCAGGCUUUCACAGGCAUGUCUGCUCAUGUAAUUCUUGAGACAACUGAGCUCAAAACAGGAGAACCAAUCUGGGGGGGUUCUGAUUGAGAUAUUGGAUGCAAACAAUGGCCGUCUUCUGUUAAAGAAGCUUGAACCAUGGGGCAUUGUGUUAUCAAUACUGUCUUUAAUCACAUGCUUACACACACACAAUCAGUUUCCAGACACAUGACACCUAACUGUGGUGAAAUAAGAGCUAUACACGCUGCUGGACUGUUUUGUUUCGGGGAGGAGAGGAGAAAGCCGAGCUCUCAAGGCAAGGUGCUCCAUGACAGCGAUUAAACUUCUGACAGGGGAAAAAUAGGAGCCUGACAGAGACGCAGAGAGACGUCAGGGGGAGCUGAGUAGGUCACCUGAGUUAAACAGUGUAGGAACUGCUUGUGGCUCGUCUGCCAAGACAACCUCUGAAAUGGUAUAGCAUCGUAACAGUGCAGUGACAAGUUGCAGACUAGGAAUGAGGUCUGUUCAUUCAGAAAUUGAAUUCGGUUAAAAAUAAGUCAGUGAUCCUUAAUCAAUGCCUUUUUUUCUUGACUGUAAACAAUACUGAACUAUUCUUGAUGUACUCUGCUCUCGUAAGUGAACCCUAUCAAAUUAAAAGGUGAUAAUUGGUCAGUGAUGUGCCUCCAGCUUUAUGUGAACUGUUUCCAGUCUCAGUUUCUGCAUCCAAACUUUUAAUCGAAUCUGACAUGUAUUGUUUGUUCAGAUGAGACAUAAUGGAAAGCAUGUCAUGUGUUUGGUGGUGUCGAGGCCUCGCUAAAAUAAAUCUUAUAUAAUACCACAAGUUCAUGCAUCAUUAAGAGUGGGUGCGGGUGUCUCUUAUCGACUCGCAGUAAGCUCCACGCUUGUCAGAUUGUAACCCAGAGGCUUCAUAUUGAAGGCACUGCAGUAGAUUGUAAAUAAUGUUGUACUGGAAGUAGGAGGAGGCGGUUAUCAGUUUGAGUAGAUCCUCUAUCAUAAAGUCAGAAACGUGGGCGUUCGGCCUCUCUGUCUUUGCCUCUCCUGCUGUUUGCCUCUGCAUGAUCUGUUUAUGACUCCUCUCUUUAUUUGUUGAUGCCUGUGUUAUGCAGCGACUGUAUUACUGUCUUAGCACUAUUGAUUCCACCCCUGCACUUGUGCACUUGUGUGUCUGAGACUUUCCAUCAUUCUCUCUUCCUGACACUCGGCCUGACCUGGCAUUUGGAGCCUUCUUUAUUUGACAGCUACAGGCGUUCCUCCUUGGGGAGAAGGAGGAGGUGUUAAUGUCCUCCAGAAUAUCCCUGCAUGCUGUCCCUGCUUGAGACCAUGCCAAGGGGACUGGCUGUCAGAGCCUGUGUUAUUCUUCCAGUGCUAGUUUUGGUAGCUUAAAUUAAGAAAUUUACGUAAGAAUGAAUAUGACUGGCUUUUCCUUCUGUAAAUCUUUUUGUGUUUUUGUUUUUUUGGACAUUUGUUGCAGAAAUGAAGAAGAAUUGACUCUGAAAUUUGUCUGUAGUGUUUUUUUUGCAGAGAAGAUGUACGAUAUGUUUGCCCCAGAGUUUGCCGAACUCCUUUUUCACUCUCAGGGCCCCCCUGGCAAGCAGGUUGAGUUGCAAAACAUUAAAAUGUCACCAGGAAACACUAAAGUGUCCCUGUUGGAGGGGGGCUUCUCCUUCACCCUGCCCCUUUCCAAAUAUAAGUGGGUUUUCUGAGCUCAGAGUACAGCUGUCAGCUGACCAUUGACCCAUCUAUCACAAUGGUGUGAGUUAUGUUGUUUCUAGGCAAAGCUACGUUUUAUGUUUGUUCCAAGUGCAGGAAGAAGUUAAGGAGGAUCAGAAAAAUGGUGUUAAAUUCUGUGGUGGAGUCAGUACAUAAACCAGAGAUUAAAGCACAACUGGUGGCCACCAGGUGUUUAUAUUUAUAGAGAUUGAGCACCCUAAACCUGUCAUUUAACACCUCCAAGUACAAUACAUACAAAUACAGCCUACCACGCUACAGAAACAUGUUAAAAUGCCACUCAUCUAUUUAUCUAAAUCAAGGAUUUUACAUCAAACCGUUAAGAGAGGCAAAUACUGAUGAAGUUGGAUAUCAAUCUGAGAUUUUGCCAUAGGAAGGGAAGAAUGGUUGGUUACAGCUUAAUGGUGCCUGGUCAAAUAAACACACAGACAGCCAAAAAUAUAAGAUAAAUACUCAACAGUUAGGAGUAAUGGAUCAAUGCCUGGUAGGUAGAUAGAGGUACACGGCUGAAGUGUUGAUAGAAAGCUCCGAUUGUUGGUUUUAUGGUUGAACCCAAGUCUUUUAAAAAUACCCGAUAGAUAGACAGAGGUCACUGAAAUACCCGGUGUUAAGCUAGAGAUUAUGGACAACAAGAGGUAGAUAGAUGAUCGGUGCAUCAAGCUCAGAUUAAUAGAUGCCAGGCUGCUAGCCAAAAAAAAGUGGGUAAAUCCUUGUCUGAAAAAAGCUUCAUAACUGUGGUCAGUAAACAGGAACAGUUCUGAACAAAUGCUUGCUAACAUGUAGUCCACAUGGCUGUCCACUUUGUAAACUUGAAAAACUGGCUUUGCAGGUAAUUCCAUUGAUUUAGGAAAGAAAAAAGGAGUUGAAGAAACUUUUAGAGAGGUGAACAGAAGUCUGCAGCCUUGAUCGUGUCUCGAUGGUGAAUGUGUCUUUUGAUAAACUUGCAAAACUUAUAGGCAGCGCUGAACUCUGAGUGCUGCUGCUCCCUCUCAUGAACAUGCGUCUGUUUUCAUCUCAUAGCUGCAUGUGAAGUAACAAAAUCUUAAUUACAUACAGUUUGUAAUAUGUGGAUUCAGUGCUCAACAUUCCUGAAUCCAUUAAGGCACAACUAAAUGUAGCCUGUGCUUUAGUCUGAGGAGUUCCUGUGGCACAGCAACUGAAAGAUAAAAAUGGAACAACCAAAGCAAAAAACUGCUUCGUCCUCACUGCCCCGGAAGCUCUGCGGCUUUUGUUUUGUAUACAUCUCACACUGUUGGCUUAGGACACGUUGACACCAGUGAUCUCCCUUUAAGCCUCGCUGGCUGUAGCUCAACACAUGGGCAGACAGAGUCAGACAGCGAGGGUAGGGAGUAUGAGUUUUCUGAAAUAUGCACAUCACAAAGAAAUGUAUGAGAGUUUGUAUCCUCCUGGAAAAAAAAAAGCUGUGUGGUGGAAGGAAACCACAAAGUUGACUUUGGAUUUGGUUAAAUGAGGAUGAUCCAGACAAAGUAACAGCCUCUGCAUCCUUCAAAGUAAGACUGUUCUUUGAUUUUGAGGGUUGAAUUAAUAAACUCUGACUGAAGUUCACUCCCAGUCUGUUUGAAAUCACCUCAUUGCAAACUUUCCUCCUCAGACAGCUUACUCAAGCAGGUGAUGAGGUUCAACUUUGCACGUUUUUUUUUCACAGUUUGCACUCAACUGAGAAGACCUCAUGUUCUGCACAGGCACUUGUUGUACCUUUGGUGUCCCUGCAUCAAACACACGUCACUCACUGUACAAGCCAGCACCUGUCAUUUAACACUCAGAGGCGUUUUUUUUUUUUUUUAUAAACCUUUUCAAUUCCAGAAAAUUUCCCGAGCAUGCACCUGCCUAAUCCCAGUGUUUGACAAUCAUACUGUACCGCUCAGCUCCACAAAUGCAACCUCCUGUCCCUUCCUGCCCUUCAUCUUAACCUAUAUCUGUCUGGGAAUAAGCAGGUGGCUCAGCUAAGUGAACGUGGCACGUGAGAAAGAAGGGCAGCCGACAGGGCUCACUGUCAGUGCCCCAAGCAUGUGCCGACCAAUCGGUUUUUCCCCGGGCCUCCGUCUUUGAGUAGAUUCUGAAAAGGCCUCUGCUGGCGGUUGCAGCCAUAAUCCCAUUAGAGAGCGUAAGGGAAGAUAUAGGAAAGCAGAGUUAGGAUUAAGUGACAGACUGACUCCUUUGGCAGAUUACAGGUGAUCAGGUGGGCGGAUGUCGCCAUAUGUUGUACAAGCUGUUUAACAUGUGUGUGUCUGUCGUGAAUGCACAGAUUCCUUGAUUUGAGAGGGAGUCAGGAUCUUCUCUCUUUGCAGAAUCAACUAAAUUGGAAUAAAAUGCGUCAAAGUUUGCAGCAGGUGUGCAUAUGUCCAUAGAGGUUGCUAUAUAGACACAACCGGGAAACUGCAGACACAGGCACAUCUGAUCCUUGCAUAUCAGAGUACACUGCAACUGUAAGUGUAAUUCAAGCAAGACAGGCCACUCAGGAGAGCGCUGACAGAAAGUGAGCAGCUCAUGGGUGGUAUACAUUCAUUGUUUGCUGGGGUCAGGUUGUUUUGGAGCCGCAUCAACUCUGCCUGUAAUUGGGUUUCAUCAAGUCUCUCAAAAUACUUGAUAUAAAUAGAUACCGUGGAAGGCAGAUUACUGGUGUUGAUGGGUUAUUUAUGUACCAAAUAUACCAGAAUAAUAUUCAUGGAGCGUUGAGGGUGGGGGUAGAUUGAGAAUAUGUUAGCAACAACAGAGAAUAAAUAGCAGGAGCAGCACCCAUCAUCAAUCACAUCAUGUCGCUGCGAGCCAAGUCAAACAGGUCAAAGGUCCGGUCUCAUGUCAAGUCCUUGGUUUAAAUUUGUCAGACAAAGUCAAGGCCGUCAAUGAAGGAAAACACGUGAUGCAAAAAAUGAAUCUAGGGUGCGUCCACGGGUUGAUCCAUUAGAUUCACCUUUAAAACAAUGUCUUAAUGUUACAGAGGACUUUAAACCUGCAUUUUUCUUGUGCAGGUUCUGCUCGUAAGCAGCAGCCGGCACCCAGACCAGUGGAUCGUCCCUGGGGGUGGGAUGGAGCCAGAAGAGGAGCCAUGUGGGGCCGCAGUGCGAGAGGUGUUUGAAGAGGUGAGUAAAGCCAAGAAUUCAUCUCGUUUUUAAUUUCUCAGGAACAGAGUCUCCGUUCCAAGAAGACGUCACUCUGAGAGGUCGUGAUUGAACAUUUCAGACGGUCAACUGCAAAGUAAUACUUUUUUAACAUUCAACCUCUCCAUGAGCUAUGAAAAGCAGCAUGCAGAAAUAUUGCAGUUUAAAGCAACUGUGUGCUCUUAAAGCUUCUUAUCAUGUGGUGGUCAAAUCUAUUGGCCACUGAGAAUCAAAAGGCUGUUUUUGCUCUCAACUGCAGCUGUUACAGACAAUAAAACUAACAUUAAAGCUUCUGUGCGUAAUUUUAUACUGUUUAUACUGCAUUAUUGACUGAGAUUCAUGCUUUCUAUGACAUAAAAAAGCUAACAAAACCAUAGAUGAUAAUAUCGGGUAUUUUUAUGCUGUAAUUUUUAAUGCCUGAAAACGGUGCAAGGGGUUCAGUUUCAUCCAUGCAGCUGUACAAAACACCCCUUUUGUUAAAUGACACUUUUGAGCUCGCAGAGGACAAACCGAGUAAAGCCUGCUUUGCCUUUAGGGGACACCAAAAUUGAUGCAAAAGGGGUAACUGUUACAAGUUAAAAACACUCCUUAAAACUUUGAAGCCGUCAAAAAUUUAGUUUGAACUCCUAAAAAUGUAAAUGUGGUAUCAGAGUUGCCUGACUCAAUAAACUGUGUGAGUACAAGCAUUUAAUACUGUAUGAAAUCUUAGUCGAAACAGUUGGUUGUGCUGUUUAAAACAUUAAGACUGGGAAAAGUCUCAACUCAAUCUCAUCACCAUCUUUGCUACUGCAUACGACAUAUGAGACGAGCAGAAUUGUUUGGCCCUAACCAGUGUUUUUGAGUUGACUGAGAUAGAAUACCACUUGGACACAGAGGACACACUUAAGCGAUCAUUUUCCUGACUGGUUUGCAGAAUUUGCUGUGCAAUUUUUGUCAUUAAUACCUGAAUGUAAUCAUGCCCUGCUCAACCCUGAUACCAGAGAGGCUCUCAGAAACUUAAGUAAAAAUUAAACACUGUAUUUAAAAGUGGAUUUAAACCCUUUUACUGCCUGUAGAUUCUCUUUACUCUGUCCUGAAGGUCAGAAACAAGGAUGUUGGGGAUUUGGAUUUCACAGCUUUAGAGUAACAUGUCCAUACAGUUGAACAUUAAUUUAUGCAAUAUGGGAGUUGUAAUAUACUUGAUUCAGUGUGUUGCCCAGCCUCUCUUCUGAAGCAGCAGCUCAGGUGUUGAUCAUUAAAAUACAAAAAACUGCAGUUCUUCAAGUGUCCACUUGAGGCUGGCUCCAAAAGCCAAGAAAAGUCUCAUUAGGGUCCAUGUUAAAAUGUCAGUGAUAGAUUUGACAUAGAUUUCAUAUCAAAACUUAUAUUAAAGUCAUAUAAAAGUAAGUUUAUAUUAGCUUUAGGGUCAAAUAAUUCUGUGAUAUAGAUAUUACUGGUCAGUAUUAGUUCAGGGUCUGAUCAAGAAGAGAUCUACUGAGGACAUUACACCUGUGGUUACACUAUCUUGGCUAUAAGGUCAUUAUAAUAUUAGAAAUCCUGUAAAAUGUCUCAAGUACACAUCUGUGCGUCCUCAAGGCCGAAUAACUCCCAUAUCCUUGUCCAUUUCCAGUAAAUAAAAGAAAUGCAAUAACCAGAAGUGGAGUUCAUAGGUCAGUUGUCUGUGUGCUAUGGAUGAGAUUCUUAAAGGGCCACAGUUCUGGUAUAUGGGUGCCUGAGGUGUCCACUGGGAUUCCAGAGGUCCCUCUGGUUGGGAACCUUGUGGUCUGAGCCACGUCAGCGGUCUAAACUUGGCUGCUGGCUGGAUUCCUGUGCAUUCACACAUCUUGCAGUCCGGCUCGCUGGACACCUCAGUGGGACAGAGUGACACUUGUGAAGAGUGUGAACAGGGGGACUAGAGAAGGGAAAAGGACAGAUGUCAUAUGUCUUUACAAGUAAUAGGAUUCCUUUGAAGUGCAUCUGAAUCAAUGAAGCGACUGUUAAGUGUUAUGACAUUUCUGUUUUAGUACCUCCUAAUGGGAUGUGCGGGUGAGGAGACCUGCAAGAAAAGCUACUCUUAGAAUCACUGGAGGUCCAGGUGCAUAAUGACCUUAAGUCCUUUUUAAAGACUUAUCUCAUCCACCUGCUUUAGCACUGCACUGAACCAUACAAGAAUCAUUGUCCUCCUAACAAAAACAGUAAGUGCAGCUCGGCUGACAGUUUCUAAAAAAGAUCGGAGAAACCACAAAGAGCAAAAAACAACUCCAAAAAUACCCCCGUCUUAGCAGAAAUUUAUUCUGUCCUUGAGUUCUUGUGUUUUUGUUUGUGUUUCUGGGUAAUUGUUGGUUAAGCUUUUGGAUAUCAGAAUAAAGCCUGUGAGGUUACAGAGGGGUCCUGCACAUGGAGGCAGACCUGGAGUUCUUGAAAACCAUGAAAUGCUUCACUUGAUACUUAUUGUUUCGAUAAAGAAUGCAAGUUCUGGGUCUACCUUCAAUUUUCAAAUGUUUUCAUCCAGCAUUCAUCCUGAUGGAGACCACUGCUGCUUGUAAAAAUAGACCAAAAGGCUUCUGUCUGACACCUUUUUUCAUUCUUCACACAGGCUGGUGUAAAGGGCAAGCUAGGACGUCUGCUCGGUGUAUUUGAGGUAAGCUUUUACGGCUUCCACCAACUUGAGCUGCUAAUUUUACCUAUGUGUGAGCAUAAAUCAUCCUGUUUAAACCAUUUGUAAGCCACAUUCAUAUACUGAGUGAAUUUUUGUUAUAAAGCACAAAGAAAUAUAAAGCUAAACCUUUUCCUGUCACUCUGUUUUUUACUAAGAAAUUUCUUUCUCUCUGGUCUUUAAAGCAAAACCAGGAUAGGAAGCACCGGACGUACGUUUAUGUGCUGACCGUCACAGAGACACUGGAGGCCUGGGAAGACUCAGUCAACAUAGGUACAGUUCACCUUCACCUCGAUGCCACAGCUAACUCACACUUCACACUGUACUUACUGUCUCUUGUUAUUAAUGUGAAGGCCACUGUACUGAGGGUUACCAUAUGAGGUAUGCUGCGACAACAGGUAACCAUAAAUCUCGGCCUCUGACGUAAACUGCAGCAGUCCUUAGCUGUAAUAUAUCAGUCGCCUGGACACCUCUAAUCCUGCCUUAUUUGCUCUCCUCUUUCUUUUGAUUAUCUAUUACUUUACCUGUUACACUUAGAUUGCAAGAAAUCUAGCCUCGAUUCAUCAAGGAAUUUGGCUCAUGAGACUUUAGAGUACAAUCUGCUGGUUGUGAUAACCUCUUUUGAAAAGCAGGACUUCAGGAUUAUAUUUCCUAAUCACAUUUGGAAGCAGGAACUAUUUCUUUCUGUUGUAGAUAAAGCAAAACAUUUCAGCUAUUAAAUCUUUUAUGUAGAGUAAAAGAAGUAGUCGAGCUAUAAAGUUUUGUCAUUGUUUUGUUGGCAUUUUUGUUUACUGUGGGCCUCUUUACAAUUCUAUGAACUUCCAGAAAUGGUGUUAUGCAACGCCUUUAUUAUGAUACUUUAUGAGGCUCAGGUCAAACAAGAUUUAAAGGACCCUCUUUAUUCAUUCAUGGUGUUCUGUCUCCCUCUGCAGGCCGGAAAAGGGAGUGGUUUACCGUGGACGAGGCCAUCAAAGUGCUGCAGAGCCAUAAACCAGUCCAUGCAGAAUACCUCCGGAGACUCCAGCUCAGCUGCUCCCCAACCAAUGGGAACUCCAUCCUCCCCAGCCCCCCGCCCAAUGACAACUACCCCCAUUACAGCGCUACAGCCACCACGGCCUCGACAGGCAGUGUGUUGGGCACCUCCUGCAGAUAG